UGCACAUCCGCGGGGUUUCCGGAUCAGACUAGUCGCAUUCGAACGAAAUUUCGGUGGUGUGUCGCUCUGCCCCGGUCACAAACAUUUGGGGAUUCCUCCACGUAUUCAGAUAACGCUAAUUUGCUUCAAAAAAACCACCCUGGAUUUGAUUGACUGCGUUACAAGCACGGAAAGAUAGCGAUUUAAAGUAAAAGCGAGGCACAGACGAAGCAUAUUACAAUACCGCAACUUCAGGUUUGUUGUUAACCAUUACAAUCCUCGCCAACGCUCUAAACAGUGAAGUGCAUGAUCCCACACAUUUCUCAAUGACAAGAUGGCAGAUUGCUACAUUAUUGUUACAACAAGGAACAUUUUAUGGAUGGUGUUGUCAGUUGUUGCAACACUGGCUGUGAUAGCUGGAAUUAUGACACCCAAGUGGUUAUAUGGAAGAUCAGUGCUUUUUGAUGACAAGAACUAUAACAUGACUUCUCAAUUCAUCCCAUCUGAGGCAAUGUACAGGCCUUCGAUUGGCAUCUACAACCGCUGUAAAAAAAUUCAAAGGAGUGUUGGAGGGGAUCCAGAACUCAAUUGUUACACUUAUGUCAAAAACUUUAUGGAGAUUCCUUCAGCUGCAUGGCGAGCUUGUCUGUUUUUUCUAUGGUUUGGUACAGCACUAUUAGCUAUUGUUGUACUCAUGUCCAUUGUGGGAUUUUGUGCACAGAGUAUAGGAAAGAAAAGCAUUUUCUCACUUGGUGGAGUUAUCCAGGCCAUAGCAGCACUCUUUCUUGUUAUUGGCCUUGUUCUCUACCCUGCUGGCUGGGGCAGUGAAACAGUUGGAGAUCUUUGCACAAAACCAUCACAGAAACCAGGAGCUUUUGUACUUAAUGAAUGCUCAGUGGGAUGGGCAUUUUAUGCUGUGCUUGGAGGUACUUUGUCAUCAUUUCUAUGUUCCUUGCUAUCUGGUCAAGCAGAGAAGUCUACAUCAAGUGAUGAUGUGCAAGACGAAAUUUCAGAUGGAAAGACUUUGAUUUGUCUUAUUUAAAUGGAUUGCAGGAAGUUGGCAAGGAACUUAUGGCAGUUUCUUACAUUGUGAAGACUUGUGUCAUUAUCACCAUGGCAACUUUUUUGCAGACUUGUACAUAGCUGCAAUGUGUAGUCACUGUUAAGGUUCAUUGACAAAUUCUGCUGUUAAGAGAACAUUCAAUAAAAGGACAAAAAUUAAGGUGUAUGUUUAUAGAUACAGAUUUCCUUUUGUUUAGAAAGAACUUAAAAAUAGUCAUUGUAUUAUUCUAAUUAAGGAUGUACAAUUAGUGGUAAACAGGCAUAAAUUGAGUUUUGGCUGUGUUAAAAUCAGGAGUUUUCUUGCUAUUAAACUUAACAAAAGUUUGUAUUAAAUUUAAACUGAAUUGAAAGAUCUAAUCGGUUAAUAGGGAUUAAUCACUGAUGAGCAGAUGGUAUCAAAUUGAUGGUAUUGAGAACAGAAAUGUCUUCUGAAAUGUUAAAAAGUAUCUAGCAUUUCUCUUGAGUGUUACAGAUGGGUUUUACUAUCUUUGAGAAGGGGGUGCCCUCCGACACACGUUUUAGAGUCACUGUGUGAGGGUGUUCUAUUAAAAAAGGAAUCUCAGCGUAACACAAUUAAAACUUACUCUUGAGAAGACUGUCAAUGUUAGUUGUAUGUAAUUUAGUAAAAAUUGAUGAGUACUUUUUACAUUUUAGAUUAAAAAAUACAAUAAAUAGUACUUUUGUUCAGGAAUAUCAGCACUUGCGUUUCUACAUGUAUUAAAUUUUUUUUUUUUAAAUAGUAUUGAUUGACAAUACUUCUGACUUUAACAAGCAUUAGAAGAAAAUGUUGUAAGCUCGCAAUACUCAUGUGAUAGUUAUGGGUCACUAUUUAAUAUGAUAAUUAUUUUCAGUGAGGAAUCAAAGUAUAUGUGGAAAGGAUGUUUUGAACAAGAUGUUUUUUGUCCACAAAACUUUUCAUCACAAUUCUUAAUGAAAUAAAUUCUGAUUCAUAAUG